CCCCAUGCACAGUUGCUGGAACCCUAGCGAUUCGCUCCGACCCGCCGCGCACCAAUGGACGACCACCAAACCCAGGAUCUCGUCAGGGAGCUCGUCCAACGCCUCCUCUCCGCCGCCGAAUCUGGCGGUGGCGGAGGCGGAGGCGGCCGCGACGCGGGCGGCGCGCUGCGGUUCGCGCAUCGGCUCCUCUCCAGCCGCCUCGCCCCCGCUGUCCUCCCCGACGAGCACGCGCUCGCGGAGUCCAUCAAGCGGCGCCUCGCCGCCUCCGGCCGCCCCGACCACGCGCUCGCCUUCGCCGACCUCCACUCCAAGCUCUCCGCCCGCACCCGCCCGGCCUCCCUCUGGCCCCUACUCUACCUUCUCGACUCGCUCUCCUCCCACCGCCGCGCCGCCGCCGCCGCAUCAUGCCUCCCCAACCUCCCCACCGCCGCGCCGCCGUGGGCCGCCUCGGCGGCGUCGGGUGCCGGGGGGAGGCCAGUCUCGCGGGCGCACGGGGCGCCGCCUGGCGGCGUGGUGCUGGUCUCCAAGGAUCCAGACAGCAUCCGCGAGAUCGCGCUGCGGGAGUACACCGAGCUGGUGCUCGACGAGACGGAGGUUUCGGAGGCCGCGCUCGUGCGCGACGUGCUGUACGCGUGCCAGGGCAUCGACGGCCGCUACGUGCGGUACGACAAGGCCGGCGACGCGUACGACCUCCCCGACGGGGUCCGCGUGCCGCGAUCCACGCGCACCCUCGUCCGCAAGCUGUGCGAACUCGGGUGGCUAUUCCGCAAGGUGCGGGGCUUCAUUUCCGAUAAUAUAAGCCGCUCGCCAUCCGAUGCUGCCACUGAGGUCGGCACUGUUGCUCAGGCGUUCUGCUCUGCUCUCCAGGACGAGCUCUCUGAUUACUAUAAGCUGCUGGCCGUUCUUGAGUCGUACUCGUUGAAUCCGAUCCCAACACCUGGAUCUGAUUCGGGUGUUUCAGGUAAUUACCUUUCACUGCGGCGUCUUGCUGUCUGGCUUGCUGAGCCUGCAGUGAGAAUGCGCCUAAUGGCUGUUCUGGUGGAUGGAUGCCGGGGGUUGAGAGGUGGCGCUAUGGCUGGUGCGAUCCAUGGGCAUGCCCAGCAUGGGGAUCCGAUGUUUCAGGAGUUUAUGGGCCAUUUGCUGCGUCGGGUAUGCUCACCGCUAUUCGAAAUGGUCCGGAGUUGGGUGUUAGAAGGGGAGUUGGAGGAUGUUUUUGCGGAGUUCUUCAUCGUUGGGCAGCCGGUGAAGGUGGAAUCUUUGUGGCGAGAGGGCUACCUUAUCCAGUCUGAUAUGCUCCCAGCUUUCAUUUCACCAGUGCUGGCGCAAAGAAUUCUGAGAACAGGGAAGUCUAUCAACUUUCUUAGAGUUUGCUGCGACGAUAAUGGUUGGGCCGAUGAUGCUGCUGAGGCUGCGGCACAUGUUGGUACCACAACUUCUCGGGGUGGGCUUGGCUAUGGGAAGAUAGAUGCUUUGGAGGCAUUGGUAGUCGAGGCAGCCAAGAGGAUUGACCGGCAUUUGAUGGAUGUGAUACAUAAGCGGUACAGAUUUAAAGACCAUUGCCUUGCUAUCAAGAGGUACUUGCUUCUAGGUCAGGGUGAUUUUGUACAGUAUCUGAUGGACGUUGUGGGCCCUGAGUUGUCGGAGCCGGCAAAUAGGAUUAGCUCAUUCCAUUUGGCUGGCUUGCUUGAGACUGCGAUUAGAGCAUCUAAUGCGCAGUAUGAUGACCAUGACAUCCUAGACCGGAUAAGGGUAAAGAUGAUGGAUCACGGAGAUGGUGAUCGUGGCUGGGAUGUCUUCUCUUUGGAGUAUGAUGCUAGGGUCCCCCUAGAUACCGUGUUCACAGCUUCAGUGAUGAAGAUGUACCUCAAGGUUUUUAAUUUCUUGUGGAAGCUCAAGCGUGUCGAUCACUCACUGACUGGAGUGUGGAAGACAAUGAAACCUAACUGCAUUGUUUCUUCACCAUUCUACAAGGAAGGAACAAGCAUCAGAGCUCAGUUUGUUUCAGUUCUCCGUAAAUGCCAAGUUCUAUUCAACGAAAUGAACCACUUUGUGACCAACUUCCAGUACUACAUUAUGUUUGAGGUCCUGGAGGUUUCCUGGGCCCGUUUCUCUGAUGAAAUGGAUGCAGCAAAGGAUUUAGAUGACCUUCUCAUGGCGCACGAUAAGUAUCUUACCUCAAUUCUGGAGAAGUCCCUUCUCGGUGAACGGUCCCAAGGAAUUCUGCGAAAUCUUUUUGCAUUGUUUGACAUAAUCUUACAGUUCCGGAGCCAUGCCGAUCGAUGGUUUGAACGGAUAUAUGAACUGCAGCUAAGGGGAAAGGGUAAAUCAAAAUCAAAAUCUAAGGAAACAGGUUUAUGGGUUGAUGGUGGCAGAAAAGCCAUGAUCCAACUAGCUGGGGAACUUUUCUGGAAAAUGGGUGAAGAUCUGGAAAGCAUCGCAAAAGAUUAUACUGCUUCCCUUGAUGCCUUUAUUACUCAGCUGCCCAUGCAGCAGCAUGUUGAUUUGAAGUUCCUUCUGUUCCGUUUAGACUUCACUGAAUAUUACAGUUGUGUUUCAUCCAACAAAUGAAAACAUGUUCUUAAUGUGGAAGAAUUAAUAGUUAGAUUAACCUUUUGAUUGGGACUUGGGAGGUAUUCUUUUUGUUCUUACACCUUAUCCCCACAUUGAUACUCGGUCACUCGAAUGGCAUGAGUGACCACUUUCAUUUGCCUUGGACCUCCUGGUGAAGAUGAAUUCUAGAGUCAAUCUGAAUAUCCUCUUGUUAUUGAUUGUUGCCAAUGCCAGAAUCUAUGUUGAAUCUGUUGCUGUUCUCCAGCUGAUGCUUAUCCGCCGGUGCCAUGAAGUUGGAGCCAUGCAUUCCAUGAAACUCUAGUGUACAAAAUUGAUGUAAGUUUAAUUCGGUUUGACUUUCCUUUUGGAUGUCUUGAUGUAAAUUUCAUGUAUUUGUUUUGAUCAGAUUGCUUUUUUGAGAAAUUAAAUUACAUGGAGAUUUCUCCUUA